AUGUCUUCUUUGUUGAAUCUUGAUUUGCAAGACGCUGAAAAAGCCAAGGAGAAGUCGGCUUGGGUUGCUCAAGAUUUCGAUGCGGAGCUUCAAAAGCUGAAGAUGCUGGACUCGACUCACGGCCCAGCGAAGGAGCGUGAGAAAGGCUUUCUGUGCGGAGAGCUGCUUUUCGAUGUGCAAGCGAGUGCGUCAGCGUGUGCAUCUACAAAUGCGUCCAGGGAACCCUUUGCGGCGCCCAGUGAAACGUUGCCUUCUUUGGUGAUGAGCAGUCUGCGGUUGCAGAGCAACAUCAAUUUACGUGGGAAGCUUCUGGAAAACAUCAUUCUCUUUGGAGGCACUGCUCAACUGCCUGGUCUUCAGCCGAGAUUUGAAAAGGAGCUUCGAUCUCAGAGCCAGUGGGUUGCACCGGGUCAAAGCUUGGAUAUGGUGAAGGUCUGUGAAGUUAACACCACGUCUCCCCAUGGCGAGCCGUGUUCGCAGAUGUCGCUGCCUUGCUUCGGGGCUUCGUUGGUCGCUGCUUGCCUCACCAGCAAGAUCGCCGGCUUGGCGGUGUCUCGCAGCUUUGGGGACAAAGACUUCAAAGGUCCUGACAUUGUCAGUGCAGAGCCUGAGAUCACCGUCCACGAGGCAUCAGCGGCAAACGAGCACGCCUUGGUAAAGCGUGCGCGUGAAAAAGGCAGCCAAGAUGACUGCACAGCCAUGGGGACUUGCCAGGGAGAAGCCGUGGAGCCGGAAGGUGAGGCAGAGCCUCAAGCCCACGUCCCAGAGGAGGGUGCAAAUGGCGAGAUGGAGGCCACUUGGAAGGGUGAAGGGAUGCAUGCGUGCUACAAACGAUUGUGA